AUGCAAGAUUUGUGGAUAUUGAAGGCUAAUUGGGAUGAAUCCCUACCAAUGAAUUUACAUAGUCAAUGGAUAGAAUUCCGCGAAAAUUUAAAAGACGUCAAGAAAAUAAGUGUGCCUCGAUUUGUUUUGGCAGAAAAACGAGUUGCUAGAGUUAAAAUUGCUGAUGCAUCAAAAAGAGCUUUCGGGUGUUGUAUUUACAUUCGCUCAAUAUGUGUGGACAACGACGUUACAAUGCAGUUGUGGAGUGCUAAAUCCAGAGUAGCGCCAUUAAAAACUUUAUCUUUACCAAAAUUGGAACUUUUGGCUGCGGAAUUGCUGUCGAAACUAGUGACAAAAACCAAAUCCAAUUUUCCAAUUUCUAUUGACGCGACCUAUUUAUGGGUGGAUUCCGAAAUUGUGCUAGAUUGGCUGAGCGAGCACCCAUCAAAUUGGAACACAUUUGUUGCCAACCGGGUAUCAUUGAUUCAAGAGCAGACAAAAACGUGUAAUUGGCGGCAUGUUCCUUCAAAGUCUAAUCCAGCGGAUAUAAUAUCAAGAGGUGCGUAUGUAGAUGAACUAUCUAAUUCUAUUUGGUUUGCAGGUCCUUCUUUCUUGAAGAGAGAUUGUUGUGAGUGGCCACCAAAUAAGUCUAGAAAGAAUACUAAUGCUGACCAAGAAAGGAGUCGUAAUAGUACGAUAAUGACUGUUAAUAAUUUGAAAAAAAAAAUACCUUAUGAGACAUGCUCUGAGGAUAACUCGAAAUCUUCUUUUGUGACGUGGGUUGAAACCUUCAGCGAUUUUGAAAAAUUACAAAGAAUUUUUGCCAAUCUUCUUGGCUUUCGAAGAAGCGUUAAGUCUAUGGCUGAAAGAUUAGAUGAAGCACUAGUGCGUAUAUUCUACUGUGUGCAACAACAUUAUUUCAAAGAAGAAAUUGAGCUGCUAUUGAAGAAUAGAGAAUUGCCAGCAAACAGUAAAUAUAAAAAUCUGAGCAUUUUUGUAGAAGAUACUUAUGGUGUUCCGCUACUACGUGUUGGUGGGAGAUUAGCGAAGGCUGCAUUACCAUAUGAUGCUAAACAUCAAAUUUUGUUACCGAAUAACUCAGAAAUAGUUUGCAGUUUUGUACGAUUUCUUCAUUUCAAAUAUUUGCAUGCUGGUACGCAAGCGCUUAUGGCUAUAGUUAGGCAGCGAUUUUGGAUAUUUCAUGCUAGAGGAGUAAUACGCAAAAUUACUGGUAGUUGUCUACAAUGCUUUAGAUGCCAUCCAAAAUUGAGUAAUCAGAUUACGGGCGAUUUACCCUCUUCUAGAGUCACCGUAGCGAGGCCGUUCACUGUGACUGGAGUGGACUUUUGCGGCCCUAUUACAACAACGUAUCUACUUCGUGGGUACAGAACAACAAAAAGCUAUAUUGCUGUUUUUAUUUGUUUUGCCACAAAAGCUGUGCAUAUGGAGGUGGUCUCUGAUUUGACUGCAAAGGCUUUCCUGGCUUCAUUAAAAAGAUUUGUAGCACGACGCGGCUUAUGCUUAAAAUUAUUUUGCGACAAUGCCACUAAUUUUGUGGGUACUCGUAAAGAGCUCGAGGAAAUGAAAUGCAAGUUUUUUGAUCAACAAGUACAGGGCAAGAUUUCAAAAUAUUGUACUGCCAAUAGUAUUGAAUUUCAUCAUAUACCACCCAGAUCCCCCCACUUUGGUGGACUAUGGGAAGCGGCUGUAAAAUCAGCAAAAUAUCAUUUGGCUAGAAUAUUGGGUCAAUCACAUCUUACAUUUGAAGAGCUGGCAACAGUGGUUGCGGAAGUAGAGGCAGUUUUAAAUUCAAGACCUUUGACAACCUUGUCUAACGACCCAAAUGAUGAAAGCGUUCUUACACCGGCACAUUUCUUAACAGGUGGUCCGUUGGUUGGAACUGUGGAACCUUCUGUGGAUAGCGAAGAAUGGUCUCAUAAAGAUAGAUGGCUACGAAUUUCGGCCAUACAACAACAUUUUUGGAGAAGGUGGUCGGCGGAGUAUCUUCAUGAACUUCAACAGAAAGUCAAAUGGACUAAGAAGCAGAAGAACCUUAAUGAAGGUGAUAUGGUGUUAGUUGCAGAAGAAAAUUUGCCUUCUAAGCAAUGGCUUAUUGGGAGAGUGCUGAAAGUGACAAGAGAUGCUAAAGGUUGGGUUCGAGUUGCUGAUGUAAAAACAAAGAAUGGAGAGGUUCGCCGAGCAAUCCAUAAAUUGGCACCUAUUCCAUCUGAAUGUUGA